AUGCGGUUUGGUUACGCUCUAGCAGGGAUCUUGAUCUCAAUUGCCGGCGCCAAUGCUGUGACGCACACCCCCAUCGUUUCCAACGCUGAGAUAGCCUAUCACCGUAAUUACCUAUACGUCGGGGGCCAGUAUGUGCAGGACAACUCAGGCGGACAUGUCUUCACGGAUCAGAUGUACGUGGAGAAACUCACUCCCACGCGAGGUGUGACCAAGGAACACCCGAUUGUGUUUAUUCAUGGUCAAGCGCAAACCGGCACGACCUUCCGUGGCCGCAGCCCCUGGUUCCCAAGCAAUGGCACCAUGAAAACCUACAGCGCUGAGAUCCUCCAGCAGCGAUUCACAGCCGCGAAACACUACAUGCUCUGGCCCCAGGCCGCGCUGCACACUCAGUGGAACGGUACCGGCAUGAUGGGUGAUCCCGUUUUCGACACCUACUACGCCUCGACUGUGGAGUUCUUUGGAUCCAGCACCGGUCAGCAGUACACCAUGCAGGAGGCCGGUGCGGCAUUGCUGGACCUUAUCGGUCGCCCGGUGGUUCUGCUCUCCCACUCGCAGGGAGGCCUCAUGCCAUGGAUCAUCACCGAUGUGCGCCCGGACCUUGUCCACGCCAUCGUGUCCCUGGAACCCACUGGCCCUCCCUUCCAGGAGGCUGUCUUCAGCAACACCUCUUCUCGUCCCUAUGGUCUCACAGACAUUCCCCUUACUUUUGAGCCCGCCGUUUCGGACCCCAAGAAGGACCUCGUGCGCCAGGUUAUCCCCAGCAACUCCACUACGCGUUCCCCUUGUGUCAUUCAGGCCGAGCACCCGGAGCCUCGCAAGCUGGUCAACCUGCAAAAGGUGCCUACUAUGAUCUUGACCACCGAGUCUUCUUACCAUGCUCCCUAUGACUGGUGCACUGUCAAGUUCUUGCGCCAGGCUGGUGUGUCCACGGAGCAUCUGCAGUUGGGUGAGAUUGGCAUCCACGGUAACGGUCACAUGGUUUUCAUGGAGAAGAACAGUGACCAGGUCGCGGGAGUGAUCCAGAAGUGGAUUGAGCGUCAGUAA